AUGGCUGAGAUCCGCCGCAAGCUUGUCAUCGUUGGCGAUGGUGCCUGCGGUAAGACUUGUCUGUUGAUUGUGUUCUCCAAGGGCACUUUCCCUGAGGUCUACGUUCCCACCGUCUUUGAGAACUACGUUGCCGAUGUUGAGGUUGAUGGCAAGCACGUUGAGCUUGCUCUUUGGGAUACGGCUGGUCAGGAAGAUUACGACCGUCUCCGCCCUCUCUCCUACCCCGACUCCCAUGUCAUCCUGAUUUGCUUCGCUGUCGACUCACCGGACUCGCUCGACAACGUUCAGGAGAAGUGGAUCUCUGAAGUUCUUCACUUCUGCCAAGGUCUCCCUAUCAUCCUCGUCGGAUGCAAGAAGGAUCUCCGUCAUGACCCCAAGACAAUCGAGGAGCUCACCAAGACCUCUCAAAAGCCCGUUACCCCCGAGCAGGGUGAGGAAGUUCGCAAGAAGAUCGGUGCCUACAAGUACCUCGAGUGCUCUGCGCGAACCAACGAGGGUGUUCGCGAGGUCUUCGAGGCUGCCACCCGCGCUGCCCUCCUGACCAAGACCCACAAGAGCAAGAAGAAGUGCCGCAUUCUGUAA